ACCAUAAAGAUGAGGUCACCUCAACAAGCACUUAUUUAUUUCUAGGACCCUCAUAUCAACAAACCUCAUAACAAAUUUAAUUAUUAUUGACUACUGAAACUUGAGUCUAUCUUUAAAACACCUUUUGUGUGUGUGUUUUGUGUGUGUGUGGAGAUGGCAGGGGGGUCAUUUGCACCGGCAGGUGUAGCAAAGGACAGAGCAGAGCAAUAUGAAGGAAAAGUGACUGCAUAUGUCAUCAUUGCUUGCAUUGUUGCUGCUGUUGGUGGAUCCAUUUUUGGUUAUGAUAUUGGAAUUUCAGGAGGGGUGACAUCCAUGGAUGCAUUCCUUACAAAGUUCUUCCCCUCGGUGUACCAAAAGAAGAAGCAUUCCCAUGAAAAUAACUAUUGCAAGUUCAAUGACCAAGGCCUAGCAGCAUUUACCUCAUCUUUAUACCUUGCUGGCUUGGUUGCAACAUUGUUUGCAUCUCCCGUGACACGAAUGUAUGGGCGUCGGAUCAGCAUAAUUUGCGGCGGGCUCAGUUUUCUUGUGGGUGCAGCACUUAAUGCUUUAGCACUUAACUUUGUAAUGCUUCUGUUGGGACGAAUCAUGCUUGGUGUUGGCAUUGGCUUUGGUAAUCAGGCAAUACCACUGUAUCUAUCCGAAAUGGCACCAACCCAUCUGAGAGGAGGUUUAAACAUGAUGUUUCAACUAGCAACCACUCUCGGAAUCUUCUCAGCAAACAUGAUCAACUACGGAACCAGUAAGCUCGACAAAUGGGGAUGGCGGUUAUCACUUGGACUAGCCGCUGCACCAGCACUUUUAAUGACAGUUGGCGGCAUACUUCUUCCCGAAACACCAAACAGCUUAAUAGAACAAGGAUCAAGAGAAAAAGGAAGAAAAGUUCUAGAACGAAUACGCGGUACCCAACACGUUGACGCUGAGUUUCAAGACAUGGUUGAUGCAAGUGAGUUGGCUAACUCAGUCAAGCAUCCGUUCAGGAACAUUUUGGAAAAGAGGAAUCGACCGCAGUUGGUGAUGGCGAUUUGUAUGCCGAUGUUUCAGAUUCUUACUGGGAUUAAUUCGAUUUUGUUUUAUGCUCCGGUUUUGUUUCAGAGUAUGGGGUUUAAGGGGAACGCGUCGCUAUACUCGUCUGCUUUGACUGGAGCGGUUCUUGCUCUUUCUACUUUGGUGUCUAUAGCGACGGUUGAUAAAUUGGGUCGCAGAGUUUUGUUGAUUGGUGGAGGGAUUCAAAUGAUUAUUUGUCAGGUGAUUGUGGGCAUAAUAUUGGGCGUUAAAUUUGGAACUGAUCAAAAACUCUCGGAGGCUUAUUCAAUCGUGGUGGUGGUCAUUAUUUGUCUAUUUGUGGCGGCUUUCGGGUGGUCGUGGGGCCCACUUGGUUGGACAGUGCCAAGUGAAAUCUUCCCAUUAGAGACACGGUCAGCAGGUCAAAGCAUUACGGUUGCAGUCAACCUGUUCUUCACAUUCAUCAUAGCACAGUCUUUCCUCUCCCUUCUAUGUGGUUUGAAAUUCGGGCUAUUCCUGUUCUUUGCUGGAUGGAUUACUCUAAUGACAGUUUUUGUUUAUGUAUUCCUACCCGAAACGAAAGGAGUUCCUAUUGAAGAGAUGAUGCUGAUGUGGCAAAGACAUUGGUUUUGGAAGAAGAUUGUCUCGGAUGAAGAGAGUUAUGAGAGACCGAGAAAUUUGUUAGAAAUGGAACGACAAGUUCGUUGAAGGUUACAUUAUGAUUGUAAUCUUGUUUUAUAGAAAGUUAUACAAUAUAUAGAGUUUGCAGGAAACAAUGGCUAGUUAUUACCAUAUACCAAAACCUGAAGUUCUCUGUUGAUUA